UGUUUAUGUCGGUCAUGGACAUUAACAAUAACAAUAAUCUCGACGUCCCCGAACAUUUUCUCUGUCCAAUUUCUCUCCAAAUUAUGUUAGAUCCGGUCACCGUCAUUACCGGCAUAACCUACGACCGUGAAAGUAUCGAACAUUGGCUCCAUGUUCAUAACACCGUUUGCCCCGUAACCAAACAGGUCCUAACUGAUCUAUCUCUCACUCCAAAUCAUACACUCCGUCGCCUCAUACAAUCAUGGUUGGCCGUGGAUCGCAACCCUAAAACGUUAACUUUAACGCCCCUCAUUAAAGAUUUAUGGGUUCCUAAUCUUCGAUUAGAUUGUCUUAGAAAGUUGGAGGGUUUGGCUUUGGAAGGAGAGACGAGUCGUAGAUUUCUUAUCGAAACAAGGGUGAGUAAGUCUUUGGAAUUAUUUGUUAGUCUGUGUUAUAAGGAGGGUCAAAGAUCUGGUCUUGAGAAGCUUUAAGUGUUCUUAAUCUUCUAUUUAAGGAUGUUGUUUUAUCUAAUUUGGAAGAGGAGAGGAUGAUCAUGAUGAUCAGAUUGUUUGAUGCUUUGAUGUGGGUUUUGGGUUUUGUUGAAAAUGAUGAUGAUGAUGAUCGGAUCAUGAAUUUGAAGAAGAAUGCAGUUAUGGUAUUGAGAUAUAUUGUUCAUAAGGAAAGUUGUAAAGUGAUACAAUGGUUAAAACCUGACUUCUUUCAGACCAUUAUUCAAGUUCUUAUAAGAAAAGGCAAUAUCCCUCAUCGACCAAGAAGCAUAAAAGUGGCAGCUCUACAUAUUCUUUUAGAUGCAUGCCCAUACUCGAAGAAUCGUAUAAGUAUGAUUGAGGCAAAUGUGGUGUUUCAUCUAAUCGAAAUCGGAUUAGAAACAUGGGAGAAGAAGACAACUGAGUUAGUCUUAGGUAUUAUUGUUCACAUGUGUUCUUCAGCUGACGGAAGAGCUCAGUUUCUAUCUCAUGCUGGCGGGGUGGCGAUGGUGGCGGAGAGGUUGUUGAAGGUUUCUCCGGCAGUGGAUCAUAAGGGACUUAAGAUUCUUGCCCUAAUUUGUAAGUAUGCUGGAACAGGACAGGUUCUUAAUGAAAUGAUUAAUGUUAAUGCUGUGACAAAGUUAUGUAUGAUUCUUCAAGCUGACUCAACUGAUUUCUCUAAGGAGAAGGCAAAUGAGAUUCUUAGGGCACAUUCUAAUGUUUGGAUGAAUUCUCCUUGUAUUCAAGUUAGUAAUAUACUCUUUUGACUAAAUAUCUUAGGUCAAUUAUUGAUCAUGUUGAU